AUGCGCUACCAGUCCCUUGUGGCAGCUCUGAGCUUACUAGGGUCAGCAGCCCUAGCAUUACAUGACCAGUUUCCGAUCAACACUGCUGGAGAAACUGGCGCUCGACCCUUGGAUGCCAUCAGCUCGAACCCUGACCAUCUAAACAGUAUCAGCUCCAACGAGCAAUGGAGUUUUGAUGAAUGUCCCUCCGAGAAUGCGACAGGGAACUUGAUCUUCAACACUGUCCAUUCAUUACUGCAGCACUGGCCAAAUACACGACAUCGUAAUGGUCACAAUAUAGUACCAGGAGUGAUUCCAAUCGGGACUUUACUCUAUCACGGCACUAAUGGCUCACUCAUGAUACCCAGUGAGCCUGAGUGGACCGCUACAGACCCGGAGCAUGCUAUUUUCUUUUCUCGUGGAAAUGAGAGUGGCUGGCUCUUCACACUGGCAGCAACGCGACCUCUCAAAGUAUUGUACUUCGAUGGAAACAGUGCCGCUAAGCUAUCCGAGGGUAUGAUGGAUGUGCAGGACAUAAUAUCCUGGGGAGAACCGCGACCCGAGCGAUUCUUCGAUGAAAGAGAGCGGAUUGAUGCUCUUUGUACAUGGGGAAAGGAGUUCGGAAUCGACGGUUUCGCAAGUGAAGUCAUGUUGUGUGAUUUCACAGCCGGCAUCGAGGUAGUGUCUUUCGUACACAUCACCUUACCAAGGGACGACCGGUCAUUCCCUCACUCUACUUCGCUCGAUCCCAACACCUUGAUUCGUACAUACGAGGUCUUGCACGUUGGCUUAUGGCACAAUCGCUACCCAGGAGAUUCUCGCAUCGUGCUGGACCUGACUGGUCUUAUCUCAUUGUAUGAUACUGCACUGGCACCAUCCCUCAUCUCGGUUCGCGCGGGUCUUGGACGGCCCAACCACCGGGUGCUCGGAAUAUCAUCAGAUGACAUAUCGCGGGUGAUGAGAAAGCUCAUCGAAGUUAUCACUCGACCACAACCAGCAGGCAGCGGGAUUGACUGGAAGACGCUUAUUCACGUCAUCGUCGAUCGAUACGCGGAUCGACUCGAGCUGACGCAGUAUCUCCUCAACGUUAGCUCAUCAGACCCACAAGAACUCCUUGAGCGAGCGAAGCUCGCGCAAACCCAGCUUCCGUGUUAUGCUCACGCCAUAUCUAUUACAUUCCAUCGUCAUCCCAAGGGCAGGCACUUUAGGCAUAUAUUCAUCGCAAUUACAAAGCUCAAACCCUUGAUGACGUCUUCAGAACUCCUGCUACUGAAAGCAGUUGAGGACACAACGAGGGAGAUCUGCCGUGUCACUACAAAAAUGUGGGCUGUAGGCGUCAUGAGCGGCCUCGACACUCUUUUCCCCAUCGAACUGAAUGGCGGGCUUAAUGUCGCUCAAAUAAUGGAUGACUGGAGACAAGAUAUCCAGAAGCUGAUGUCUUGGUUGGACUGGAGUGUAUGGAUCAAAUGUCGACCUGCCUGCGGUCCAGAGGAAAUGUGCUAUCUCUCUACUUGGCCCGUCAAUGCCCGAAGGCCGGGGGGUCCGCUUCUGUCUCCACGGAACUCACAAAGUCUCACGAAUUCCCCGGAAGAAUACGUUGCCGACCGAGUCGGACAACCUAGAUACCCUAAGGUGCCGGCAGAGGAUUGGGACUUGCCCCAACCGAGGUGCAUUAGGCGCCUCCAGCCAUACGGGUUUUGAUCAAGAUGUGCAUUCACAUUGUUUUAACAGUUGUAAGUUACGUACCUGGAUUAUGCUUUCUAGGGUUUGAUGAGGUUCUCGCACGUCCAUUGCAAUUGAUCUUAUUUGCUGCUGGAGUUCAGCGGAUUUGUUCUCAUCCAUGAUAUAUUGAUACAAGGACUCCCCUUCGGUCGGCGGCUCCAUGACAAUACAUUGUGAUUACAGUAGCAAGACUCCUUCGGUUGGUUGUAUACAACAAUACUUUACAGUAGUGGAGCGGUGUAUCCGCGACUGUGUGUCUGCGUGUCCAAAGCAAGGCAAAGU